AUGCCAAGAUCACCACGUACUUUUGGAAAUUUCGCUAUUUUCAUUUCUUUGGUGGUUAUUUUUAUUCGCACAGCCUUGUACGGAUCACUUGUUCGCAGUGACGCAACGAUAAUCAUGUUUUGUCGCAUAAAACUGGCCGCCUCGGUGCGAUCGACAACCAUCUCAGUCGCCUUCUUCGAUUAUAUCAUUGGCUUACAUCCGAUCAUUCCAGUCAUUCACCUCAAUCGAUCAUUCUGGUUGUUUGUGGUCCCACCUACAUGGAACAAGAACAAGACGAACAUAACUAGCAGCAAAGCUUUCGAGCUUCGCGCCAUGAUCGCCUCGCUGCUGCCGUUCCUCCUUCUCAUAACUCCACACUUCAUUCCUUACUCCUGUGGCCAAGUUCUGGUCCAGUACCACUUGCGAGACCUGUGGCGAACGCGCCGCUCUAGUGGCGUUCACCUUUUCCCCACACUAAUCUCUUCCGUAUACCCUGGAUUCGCAGGAUUUAAACGAGACACUGGUGCGAGUCGUAUUCACAUGUCAACGGAAGACGUGCAGAGCUACGCGAAAGAAUUGAAUGGAUCAGAAGUGAUAUCAAUUUGCUCGUACACCUAUAUGAAGUCGGUCUUCUAUGUUGUGAACACGGAUGAAAUUCUCAACGGAGACACGGUAGAGAUCUCGCUGAACUUGACAAUGCUCGAACUGGAGACAACCACGGAGGAAAUGUUGGCGAAACAAAUGAAGCCGUCAUACAUUUGCCGAGGAGCUGAUGGACGUUUUCAGGCCGUCUGGCGAGGCUCUAAGGAGUACCUACGACAUUAUAUAGUGCAAGAAGGUGAGAUAAGAACAAUCUUCAAAGAGGACGCGAAACAUGGAAGGCAAGGUUAUUAUCCGGCAUCGCUGCAGAUAUACCGCCUGGAAAACGAAACAACAGCUUUGAUCAUAUGGGAAAAAGGAUAUGGCGUACCGUAUCCAAAGCGGAUCAAAUCUAACGCAGAUGGAGGAAGAGAUGCGAGGAACGAGGAUGCGACCUUCUCAAAUCUCAACUUUACCUGGCACUAUGUGAUCUGGCGUUCGGACGAGUUCUCGUGGGCGGAGCGUGACAUACCCCGAACAACGCUUUUCGAUCCAAAGCCUACGAACGCAACAGAGCUCGAUCUUGUCAUUGAACAAGAGAUGCGGUCCUUUAACAUUCCAUCUAUUUCGCUGUGUAUUUAUCGACAAGGAAAACGGGUGUUAUCUGUUUCCUAUGGAUAUUCUGAUUUAAGAACCGACACGAAGGCGAAUCCGAUAAACAGCUACCGUAUAGCAUCGAUCAGCAAAACGAUCACCGCAAUGGGGAUCGCUGAACUCAUUAAUCGGCGAGUUCUAAGCUUGGAUGCUCGAGUGUUUGGUUUAAAAGGUGUCCUGCCUUCGCUUGACGUCAGCCAAGCACAUCCAUGGUUGCGAUUCAUAACCAUACGUCACCUACUAGAGCAUUCAUCAGGGGGAUGGAGCAAUAUGGAGAAGAUUGAAUUUAAUCGAACACCUCAAACGAAGGAACUCAAUGGAACAGCACUACUCGACUUCUACAUCAAAUCAUAUAGUCCGAAAUUCCAACCCGGAACCAGAUAUUUGUACUCAAAUGUUGCCUAUGUCAUGCUUGGGAAAAUUAUUGAACAGAUCAGCUUGAGACCCUACGACCAAUUCAUACAGGACGUCAUUCUGAACCCCAAUAAGAUUGAAGGACGGAUCGGUGGAGUGGAAAAUGGAGAAUUUGAGGUCUCCUAUUACUCUACGGAUAAUGCCAAUCCUUACACUUAUUGGACACCAUCAAAGCUGAAUGCUGCCGCUGGAUGGGUGAUGCGAGCAGAGGAGGUUGCUCGUCUAUUUAUGCUACUGGAAUCCGGAAAAUUCUCAUGGUAUCGAAUGUUGACGCAGCCAAGCUCCGUUAAACGUAGCUAUGGAAGAGGACUGCAAUUAGGAGAUGAUGGCUCAUUAUUUCACCUUGGCUCACUAGCUGGGUCAGAAGGAAUAGGGUAUUCAAGACGGGACCUACAGGUAGCAAUUCUCACAAAUACGCGAGGACGUGAACAAGGUGAACACACCGCGUGGAUGGAACGAUUGUGCCGACUGUUCGCCAAACACAUCAUUAUACCGUAA